AUGCGCUUCCUGCAGAGGGCUCCCCUGAUGCUCUUGCUGGCCUUCUCUAUGUACCUGUUCAACCCAGCAGUCGCUCCAGCAGAGGAGAGCAAGGACAUGAAAGAUGCAGAGCAUGCGCUGCUGUUUGAGGCGAUGGACGUGGUCGACCGUCACUUCAUCGACCUCUCCAACAAGGAAGGCGUCGCGCGGAGCAGCGAGCUGCAUGAGUACAACAGCGUGUCAUGGGAGGGGUUGAAGAAGGAGCUGGAAGAAAAGAAGCUCGAGAACAGGAAGGAGACGUACAAGGAGAUCAAGAAGGUGUUGAAGAAGCUGGGCGAUCGCUACACUCGCUUCCUCCCUCCCUCCGAGUUCGUCAAGCUUACCAAGUACGAUGCUACAGGGGUUGGCCUCGCGGUCAAUCAGGAUGAGCAGGGGCUGCUGAUCGGGUAUCCUCCGCUUGCUGGAUCUACAGCUGCUGAUGCAGGAGUGCAGAAAGGCGAUCGACUCGUGAGCAUCGACGGGGUCGCCAUGAAGGGGCUGACGCCGUUCGACGCCACUGAAAUGCUGCAAGGAGUGAAGGGGAGCAAGGUUUCCAUCGAGGUCGAAAGGAAGACAAAUGAAGGCCAAAAGAUAGUCUCUUUCGAGCUUGAGAGAAAAAUUUCGGUUGAGAACCCGGUUUCUUCUACCAUCUUUGAGAGCCAAGACGGGAAGAAGAAUCGGUUGCGGCAUUUGUUGGAUGAAAGACGGCAAGCCUCUUCCCACGUGACGCUGAAGAGUCGAGAGACUUGGGACCUCAAGUCCCCCAUGCUUGUGCUUGUGGAUGAUAAGAGCGCGAGCGCGAGUGAGGUCCUUGCUGGCUCUUUGAAGGACAACUGCCGGGCGGUGGUUGGAAUUGUUCCUGAUGUCAAACAGAAAGUAGGAGAUGUUAAGAAAGCCAUCAAGAAUGGCAAGCUCAACCUGGAUGCGGCUGCGGAAAGUCUCAAAAUAUGCAAAGCGUCAUGA